AUGACAAGUCCGGAUUUGACUAUAACGUCUUACUCAACAGACAACAAAGGACCUGGAAUCAUUGUUGCGAUAUGUAUCAUUGUCGGUAUCAGCACUCUUUUCGUCGCCAUGCGGCUGUUUGUCCGCAUCAAGAUUCUUGGACAAACCCAUUUGGAUGAUCACCUUACUGUUCUUUCUCUGCUCCUUAGCUACACGACGAUAGCUCUAGAAAUUUGGGCCAUUCGAUGCGGUAACGGUCGGCAUGCGGAUACCCUUUCUCAAGAACAGCAAUCCGCGGCAAUCCUAUCCACAAUAUCAGGAUUUCCUCCAAACGUCCUCGCAUACACUAUACCGAAGUUUGCCGUCGUGGCACUCCUCAUGAGGAUAUUGAAUCCAGGAAGGAUGCAUCAAGUACUGCUCUGGGGCAUGGCGGCCGGGUGUCUGGUGCUGGUGUCCCUCUGCAUCAUCAUCCUCUUUGCUCAGUGCACCCCUACUCGCGCUCAAUGGGACUUCAAAGUGACCGAAAAGAGCUGUUGGAGUCCGUGGGUUCUCGUAAACGUCGCGAUUUUGACAGGAGCAUACUCCGCCGCGCUUGACCUAUACCUUGCAGUCUAUCCAGCGACGGUUUUGAUGAGACUUCAGAUGAAUAUCAAGAAGAAAGUGAUCCUGAGUACUGCUCUUGGGAUUGGAUCGAUCUCUUGCUUCAUCUCCAUUUACAAAAGCACAAGACUACCAUCUCUCGCCAGCAAAGACUUCACGUUGCGGAGCUUGUUGUGUGGACCAUGUUCGCGAAUUGACAUGGAAGACACGAGUAGUCAAGAUAGUAUUGUCGGGGCGGAGACUGGACCGAGCUCUAGAGUUGUAGGGAUCACGAGGAGACAGGACAUCACGGUCUCUUAUGAGAGCGAACGCGCCGGUCGUGAUCAGAGACAUAUUCAAGACAACAUGAGGUCAGGAAAUUGGGACUCGUCCUAG